AUCCGCAGGCCCUCGUUGCGGAGGUCAGGCAGCGCAUUGGCUCAAGGAAGACCCUGAUAACCGACAGGAUGUCAUACCGACGACAAGUGGUACCCACGCCAGAUCAGCGCUUCAAGUACACUGGCCCCCGGGAUAAAGAUGAUGACGACGACGAUCGCCGCCGAGCUUGA